CGGGUAACGACAUCGGAAACGCUUGUUUUUGCAGAAAGGCGGAUCCCUGUCUGCUACUUUGCUUUUUUACAACUUCUAUUUCACCAAAUUAGACCCACCGGGCUUCCGAAAUCGAGCUGCAUCGGGUGUAUUGCGCUUUAAAACGACAGGAAGUUGAGCACCGGAGUGAAGACGGGAAGAUGGGAGAUAAUGCCAAGGAUGAAGGGCUGAUGUGGGCACUGAAGGCUGGAGAUAUGGAAGAAGUGAGGUCCAAAGUGCUGACGAGCGAAGACGCGAACCGGACCCUGGACAGCAGCAGUGGCAGGAAGCCCCUGCACUACGCCGCAGACUUCGGUCAGCUAGAAGUGCUGCAGUUCCUGAUCCAGAUGGGCGCAGACAUCAACGCUACAGACAGUCUCGGCCUCACCCCGCUGAUCACCGCCUGUUACGAGGGUCACCGCGACAGCGUCAAGCUGCUGCUAGAGAAGGGAGCCAAGAAGGACCUGAAAGCAACGAACGGCGCCACCGCCCUCGAAGCCGCCGACAACGACGACAUCAAGCAGCUGCUAAAGUGAGGCGCGGCGGGCGGCUGGACAGGCGGGCGGACGGACGCAGUGGUCCCUCGACAGAAGACGGACUCCCCCCCCUCUUCCCCCCAUCGACCCGUCAUCACUGCUUCGGUCUGUUUGUCGGAGGUUCAUGUUGUCUGGCUGCUCUUAUUUUUAUUCUUUUCCCCUUUAACUCGUAUUUCGUUUGGUUGUCGUCCGGGUUUCUGGACCAGGCUUUGUGUUUCUGCACUCCGGCCUCUCGAUGGCGUCUCCCUCCGGGACCAAACGCCGGAAAACAAAUUCUCACCUUGAAAUCUGGAUUCUCUGCAAACACGAAGCGCGGCUCGCAAGCGGCCCGUCGUUCUAGCGGUUUUCUCUUGAAACUAAAAUACUAAGAGGCCGGCGGCGUGUGGGUCGUAAUAGUGUGACUUCAGCCUCGUUCACUACCUUCAGUUUCUUUCACGGCUGCCUGUCCCUCGAAUCCAGCCCUGAAAUGUUUGCAGAUGUUUAAAAGAGGCCCAGAUUUUCCUUUUCUACUCGCUAACAUAUCAAAUGGUGUUUUUUUUUUUUUUUUUUUUUUUUUUUCUUGUGUGACAAAUUUCACAUAAUUAAUGAGUUUAUGAAGUGUUUCUGUGUUCUUUGACCAAUCACCAUGCUGGCUAACUAGAAAGACUUGAAUGUUGCAAUUAAAAAAAUAAAUAAAUAAAUAAAAAUCUGCUAAACAUUUAAUUUUGAAGCAACGUUGACAGAUUACCGGGGAUGUGUUCGUUUUCUCGCCCCGCCGGCAUUAGAUCCCCUGUUCUCAUCGCAGCUUCUCUGUGUGCUCUGUAACCGUCGCGGCGUUGGACGGCGGGGUGAACGGGGGCUAGCGUUGGCUUCCCCCCCUUCGAAAUGGAUUUGGUGAGACGCCCCGCCUGUUUUCUUUCUUUUUUUCUUCUUCUUUUUUUUUUCUUUUCGCUGCUGCAUGUCGAAGCUGCCUCUGGUUUAUGCUACGAAACGGUCGCUUGUCCUCCUCUUCGGUUGCUUUCCAAUGAAUUACUACAGUGUAAUGGACA